AUGGCUGAAAUACUUGGCAUCAUUGAAAGAGUUAUUUCAUUAGGACAACAAAUUGCCGAUCGCAUAGGAGCGUAUAAUGAAGCUAAAGCAAGUCUCAAGAGAUUGGAAAACAUUUUGGAAUUGCUUAAAGAGGUUGUCGUCACUAUCACUAAAUCUAACGUUGGUACAGCCAAAAUUGUCAUUAUCAGAGAUACACUCGUAGAUGCCCAGAAGGUUUACGUGAAGUAUGUUGAGAAACUAGAUGCAAAAGAGAACAUUCAUCGUAAGAAUUUGGCCACAGUUAAAAAGUUUGUUGGAAUAUACAAGGCCCCCAGUAUCCUAAUCGAGAUUGAAAAUACCAUCGUAAACGUUGAGCGCUAUCUUAAUAUCACCAAAAGCUCUAUGACGGAAUUGAGAGAGGCUCUUACCAACACAAUUGACCAAUUAGUGACAAGGCUUACAAAGGAAUGUCAGGAACUUCAAGAAAAGCUUGAUUGUUGUACACUUUCUAUUGAACCUUUUUUUGCAGGCUUGGGAAGCGACAAUCCCGAGGCUCUUUCAUUUUGGAAGGAUCGUUUCAGAUCUGCUGAGCUCAGCAUAUCAUCUAUUGCCCCAUACGAGUCUAUGUACGUAUCCUGGGCUCGGUUUGUUCACGAGCUCGAGGUAAACUUUCCGCUAAAGAAUAUUCCAACUGCAACUAAUGAGGCCUAUUUAGGAGACAUUGAUGCCAUACGCCAACAUGGUAACAGAUAUUACAUCGAUCAAACCAGAACGCGUAAUCUCAAAGACAUUCGACCACUUUGGCUUCCAGCCUUACGCAAAGCAUUGGAUCCACUACAUAGAGGCUACAUUAAACCACAUGAUUACUUCUCUUUCCUUGGUGGGGAAUCAUUGUCUAAGAAACUAAGGCAAGUCGUUCUCGAUAGCUGUGGAUACGGCAUUUUUGUGGAAUGCCAGCGAACAAGUAGUGAUAUCGCGUUGCCUUCUGAGAUAGAGAGUCCUGCCCAUGCCGUUGGUUGGAUGUCUGUUUGCCAAAUUAUUUCAGUACCAUCACCGGCGGAACUUGGCAUAUUCAUAUAUGACAAGGAUGACGAGGUUAUCAAGCCAAAUCUUGCCAAUCUAGUUAAAAACUUCACCUAUCCUAAAAACGACAUCUGGGUGUAUGUUCGCUAUCUCCAAACCGGCCAAAUUGAAAAAAAACUACUCUCGGAGAACGUGCGAAUGCUUGGUGGGCUCCGUAUUGGAAUUUCAAUCGCUAUCUGCUACGCUUUGGAAAAUGGUUCAUGUACUUGGAGUGACAGCCUUUCAAUCGUGGAACUUGAAGCUUGUGCUGGUGGUCGUUACAUUGUGACCGCUGGAUCGAAAGAAAAUACUAAUGUGUUUGUAACAAAACCGCCAAUCGGCUUUGGUCAGCCCGAUGACUCAGAAGAAACCAUUCUUCCGGAAUUUGAUUAUUGUCUUUUGGGACCCUCGACAAUUUUUGCGCAAGAACCUAAAGUUGGUGAGAAAAUUCAGAUCAAGGCGGAGGAGUACUGGUAUGAUUACAAAGUUACUGCAGUCAAUGGAGAAAAUGUAGAAUAUGUUGAUUGGUAUUCGACUUCUGACACAAACGAUAAUAUUUUGACUGAAGAUGAUGAAGAUGAUUCAAUAGGUUUCUCAUAUCAAUUUGAAGAUUUGAAAAAAGGUAACAGUAAAAGUUGGUGUCCGUGGACGCGUGGAGUGUCGAACUCGGAUAUCAGGCCUUACCGCUGCCUCCAUGUUGGUGAUCUUGUUGAGGCACCUGUCGUAUACCCAGACUAUCGCUUCCAUUACUAUGGCCUCGAAGAAUCACAGCUUUACCUCCCAGCUCGCAUUAUUGAUGUUCAGGGUGAUCAAUAUCUGGUCAAGUUUAGCCCCGCUGUCAUUGCUUACAAAUGGUGGCCUGGUCCAAAUGACAAAGAAUUUCCACGUGAACCAAAUGCCAAUGAGACUGUUAAGAAUCCAUUUGUUGGCGUACAGGUUAUGGUGAGCAUGGAUCGGGUUCGCCCUUAUGUUGGAGCUGGUCCACAUCCUGUUUUGGGUACACAAUCGAUAAGACCACAGAGCUAUUCAGCGUUUCAGGGCGCUCAAUUCACAGACCAACAACGGAUUGACGAAAAUAUCCUCUGGAAACAGUAA